AUGAGUGUGCGUCUCUUCUUCGACCCUGCAAUCCUGCUCUGUUCUGCUGGUGCUGACAACCCGCAGCGUUCUCUCGCAAAGGCAGCAAACUAUGCCUUGCAGCUCGACGAGGCCCGCUGCGAGGGCAACUGGGAUGCGGUGCCUGAAUUUGUCCGCAAGGUCAGAAAGCAUGCGCCCGACCGCGUCUGCCUCACGCUGACCGCCGAAACCGAAUAUGCCAUUGACAAGGCGACACACAACCUCCCCCUUGCUAGUCGAUCUGACACCGCCCCCGCCCCUAUUGGGAAUCUGGACGCUGCCGUCCAGCUGCCGAAGCUGAUUUCCGUCAUCGAGCAAGAGAAUGGACGUCUCCAGGACCGGUAUCAGGCAAAGGUCUGCGUCGGAUGGCUGCACUGGGUCAUGGGCGAGUACGACCUGGCCUUUAGUCGGCUGCCCAGAAGCCUCGAGCAGGAACUGGGCCAGUCGGAUACUCCAACGGACUGGACGCGGGUCUGCGCCCUCAGGGCCGCAUAUCUGCGCGCAAGCUGCCUCGCCCGCAACGGCAACCGAAAGGAGGCCCUGGCCAUCUUCGAGGAAGGUCUUGCCUGCCUCACGUCUGCGCACAGUGACCAGCAGGCUCGGAAGCAGCUGCGCCACUGGUCGGAGCUGUUCUUGACCGAGUUCUGUAUGCUCUUCAGCCACACGCUGGAGCAGGGCGAGGUUAGCCUGCAGGACCCCAACUGCCUCGUCAGCCUCCGAUCGUGGGCCCGGUACUGGGACAGCGCCAAGGGUGCUCCCUUGCCGGGAGGACAUGGCUUCCGCGGCUCUGUCCCGCGCCGGAGGAUAUGGUUUGAGUACUAUGCCGUUCUGUCUGCGCUAGUGGAGGACGACCUGCCGUACCCAGCCGUACUGGCUCCCGGCGUCUCGGGCGAUGCCCCCACUCGCUCUGCCCGCGACCAGCUGCGUGUUGAGCUAAAGAAGAUCGAGGCGACGUAUGAGGCUCUUCUUCUGGACGAGACGCCCUUUCCGCGUGCCGAUGAGGAGCGGGAAGAGGUGGAAGAGUUUGUCCGCCUCGUGAUGCAGAACUGGUGCAUCAUGAAGAGCCGAGGCUGGCAGCCGCAGGACCUGGGACCGGGUGGAAAGGAGGCGCUGAGCCGCGGAAUACUCGAGAUUCUCUACCGUGCGGCGACCAAGACGUACCACUCAACGGCGAUCUUGAGGCACUUGUCCAACGUCCAUCUUUCCGUUGCCGAGUUUGACCUGGCCUUCAAGGCCUUUGACUCGUACCUGAGCCUCAUCAAGAAGGGCAAGGCCCGCGUUGCCAAGACCGGCCACGACGAGCCGAGCCUGGACGACGACGCCACCGUUCUUGAGGCCGUCUCACACUGCAUUAUGGUCCUGUGUCGGUUUGGCGAUCGGACUGCUGUUGAGAAGGCCCACGGCCUGAGCCUGGAGCUGGAGCAGUGCCUGCACGAGCUCAGUCACGUUCUGGCGGAGCAAGCCGACGAAGCCCACCCACAGCCGCAGACAAACCUAGUCGCCAGAACCAGCGGUAAUGACAUGCCCCCACGCGUCCUCGCGGCGUCCUGGCAGGCCGUUGGGCUUGCACACGCGCAGUGGGCACGCAUGACAUUCGACCCGCGGAUCCGCCCCGACAUCCAGGCAAAGGCGGUGCGGUGCCUGCGGAAAUCCAUGUCGCCAGAGUUUGGCAAGUCGGCUAACCUGCGGAGCGUGUUUUGCCUCGGCCUCUUGCUGGCCGAGCAGAGAGAGCUGAGCGCUGCCAUUGACGUGGUCAAGGGGGCUCUGCUUGCCAGCAAGACGCCGGAUGCCGACCAGGACCGGCUCAACGGGGUCUUCUGGCGAGAGCGCGCCAUGAUUCCGUUGUGGCACCUGCUAUCGCUUCUGAUGAGUGCUCGGCAGGACUACGUCAUGGCGGCGCGGGCGUGCGAAGGUGCCUUUGAGCAGUUCAAGGACCCGACGAUCCUCUUUGGCAGCGAGACGCUAUACCGCAGCGAGCACCUGAACGAGGCGGAAGCCAACGGCGACGAGACGCGCACUGCUUCCACGCGGGGUGUUGUCGACGAUAUGGACGACUUUGAGAAAGAGAAGAUCCUGGAGGUCAAGAUGACGCAGCUGGCGCUUGUCGAGGUGCUGGAGAGCCCCAAGGUGGCGGUGAAUGCCAGCUCGGAGCUGCUCAGUCUGUAUACGCGGCUCUUUGGUCCGGUGCAGCUGACAGAGGCCAAGAUGCAGCUCAAGACGGCGGACAUGCCCAGGAGCUCGGCAGGCACGCUGCGCAGCAUCCGAGGCAGCCUGUUUGGGCGUAAUGGCGAGCGGAAUGGACGCCCAACCACAAAGCACUCGGGUACGGCAGCUGGGCACCCGCAGACGACAAGCGACAGCAGAGACGGCGGCAGACAGUCUCAUCGGUCGUCCAGCCGCAACGGGCAGCGACACCGAAGCCAGUCGGGGAAGCGGCACAGCAUCCGCAAGGACCACAGCGGCAGCCGUCGGCGGGCGGCAAGCAGCGGCGCCGUGUCGCACCAGUCGGAUCUUGCAGACGGCGACGCCCUCUUCACGCCUGUUGACGAUGGCCGCGACGGCUCCGAGGUCUACCAGUUUUCGACCGGCAGACGGCGACUGUCGUCGUCGGGCGGCCCGCCCGUUUCGAUGAGCCGGCAGGCUUCGCAGAUCGAGUCGAUGGCCUAUGCUGCCCGAACGCGCAACCAGGAUGGGCAGGAGACAGGCCUGGGCGACAUUGAGCCGUCGUCGUCCCUGAUGCCCCCGAUCGAGUUCUCCAAGGACUUUGAAGGGCGGCGCCGAAACACGAUUCUCAUCGAGGUCUGGCUGAUGAUAGCCGGCUUCUAUCGGCGCGCCGAUAUGAUCGACGACGCCAAGGGCGCGGUGGCUGAGGCGCAGAAGCUGGUCGAGUCGCUUGGCCGGGACGGAUCGAAUGAUGCGGUCGCUGGUAGCGGUACUGGUUCCUGCAGCAGCAUCUCGUCCAGAGAUGCAGGCUGGGCCGGGAAGAAGAGCAUUGACGAACUCUGGGCAGACGUCUGGACCGAGAUGGGCCAGCUGUCUCUGAUCGGGGACUCGGCUUACGCUGCCCGUCUCGACUUCGAGUCCGCCCUGACGCACUUCCCCGACCACCCGGGUGCCAUCAUCGGGCUCUCCAACAUUCUCCUCGACGUCUAUAGUGAGAAGCUGCUCCCAUUGCCGGCCAUCCCGAGACUGGAGCUCGCCGACGGCAGCAUGUUCCCAAAGCGGAUCUCCAACAGCAAACAUGGAGAGGGCAAGGAGGAGAACGGUCCAGCCUCGCUCCCUUCGCAGCCGCUGGGUCUGGUGGUCCGGCCAAAGUUUGACACGGAUACGUCUGGUGGUGCAAAGAAGUCCGCUUUCUGCGAGGGAGCCCACCAGGACGAAGAGCUCGCUCCGCCCUACCAGGUGACUUCUCUGCCUCUGGUUGACCGUCUGGCUGCACGCGACCGUGCCUACGCCCUCCUGUCUGGUCUGACGAAGCUGGGAAGCGCGUGGAACAACGCAGAGGCAUGGUUCGUGCUAGCCCGUGCACACGAAGAGAGCGGGCAGCUGGACAAGGCCAAGGAAGCUUUGUGGUGGUGCGUGGAGCUGGAAGAGGCAGCAGCCGUGCGUCCGUGGAGCGGUGCUGCUACAGGCUUCCGCACCAGUGCCCGCUAUGCCGUGGCGCAAAACUUUACGAUGCCGGCGCUUUCGCCGACGAUGACGGAGGGCAACAUUGCGACAUGGCAGGUCAAGGAGGGUGACCGGUUUGCAGCCGGCGACGUGUUGCUGGAGAUUGAGACCGACAAGGCAUCGAUGGACGUCGAGGCCCAGGAAGACGGCCAGGUCUUCAAGAUCCUGCAGCCAAACGGCACCAAGGGCAUCAAGGUGGGCACCCGCAUCGGCGUGCUGGCCGAGGCCGAGGACGACCUGGCCAGCCUAGAGCUGCCGCCGGACGAGUCGGUAUCGGCCUCGGCGAGCAAGAGCGGGUCUUCAGCGUCCGCCUCAUCCGCCUCAUCCGCCUCUUCCGCCUCUUCCGCCUCUUCCGCAUCGUCUGCCACCACGACCUCCCGGUCCACGUCCAACCCCCCGCAGAAAUACCCGCUUCUCCCGUCGGUCGAGCAUCUGAUCCGGGAGCACGGCCUCGACCAGGCCACCAUCGUCAGCCAGGCUACGCCCACCGGUCCCGGUGGCCGUCUGCUCAAGGGUGACGUGCUCGCCUUUAUGGGCCAGAUCCCGGCCUCCGCGCCGGCCGACGUGGCUGCCCGCCAAAAGGCCCUGUCCCACCUCGAUCUCAGCAACAUCGUUCUGCGGCCGGCAGCGGUAGCGGCACCGAAGCCAGCAGUCCCAGUUUCUGCAGCAGCCCCAGCAGCAGCAGCAGCAGCAGCCAUCACCACCCCUCCUCCCCCAGCCACCACGCUGGUCUCGCUUCCCGUGUCGCUGGCCGCCGUCGUCGAGGUCCAGGAGAAGAUCCAGGCGUCGCUGGGCGUAUUCAUGCCCGUGUCGACGUUUGUGGCGCGGGCUACCGACGUGGCCAACGACGCGCUGCCCCGUGCUGGCCCGGCUCCGGCUCCGUCGGCCGCACAGCUCUUUGACGAGAUUGUGGGCGUCGCCAGCAGCAGCAAGACGCCGAACCUCACCCGCGGCCACUACCGCCCUCAGGUCUCGGCGCUGCCGCCCGCCUCCGCCUCGACCAAGCCGAAGGCCAAGACGCCGGCUGUCGACGUGAUCGACAUCCUUACCGGCAGCAGCAAGGCAGCCCCGGCUCCCAGGAGCCGCCAGCUGCAGCCGCCGCCAGCCGUGUCGACCGGGGCCAACUUCUUCGUCCUCAGCGUGCCGACGGCCGAGGAGAAGCGGGCAAAGGUUUUUCUGGAACGGCUCAAGGUGGUGCUGGAAAACGAGCCCGGUCGGCUGGUGCUGUGA